AGCAUCGGCGCGGCUCCCCAUUCCUCUCCUCCCCCCGAGCGGCGGCGGCGGCGGCGGCUGCGCUCGGUACCGGGAGCGCCAAAAGCGGCGGCGGACUGGAGAUGGCGGCGCUCCUCGUCUUCCCGAAGCAGCGGCGUGGCGCCCCAUUCCUCUUCUUCUCUCCCGAGCAGUGGUGGCGGCGAUUGCGAGGAGGAGGUGCCUACGAGGCAAUGGCGACGGCUGCGAGGCAAGUUUCUUCUCUGAUUUUGUCGAUGGUCUGAUGGUGAAAUUGAAGUCUGAUCUGCUGGUGAUGUACUCUUGCGAAUUGGUUAUUAUCAAUCAGUUAGUAAUGGUUACGGGUACUGUAUUUUUUUUCUUUGCAAAACCGCUAAACAGGCUUAGCUGCUCUUAGCUGUUCCGGAGGACAACAGGUUAACAAUCCAUGAUAAAUGCAGGUGGUGCCCCUCGGCUCCCCGGCGAUUCCCCUUUUUUAAAAAAUAAUUCAGCAACUCUCUUGCCUUUUUCUUUUUAAAUGCCUGCACAUGUUGGUUGAUUUAUUUGUAUAUACGAUUCUCGUCGCCUUCCCGGAGGCCACGCAAACCAUGGUCAGUUGGAUCCAAUCUUGAAACGCAGAGACCUGGAAUUAUAAUUCGUUGUGCCAUCACGGUUGACUAGUUGACCAUGGUGGUAGAUAAUACGUCACUAUCCCAUAAAUUUAAUCAGAGUCACGACCAUACUUUGAAUUAUCAGAUAGCAUCCUCAGGACCACGCGGGUGCAGUACAAGCUGCAAGGUGGCCACUUGACAAUGGCAAAUACGUAGCUAGUUUCCUUGUCGUCCCCACUUUGUACAGCUUUGUUCCUACUAUGAAAUUCCAUUGGAAGAUGGGCGGGGAGCAGCUCCACUCCAUGGCCACCACUACAUGCAUUUCAAUUGCCCUACUACUAGCUCUAUCAGCGGCUGCCGUAGCUUCAUCUCCUAUCCCGAUCGUCGGCAAUGGCAACAGCAGCAGCAGCGACACUGACCUUGCCGCGCUGCUGGCUUUCAAAGCCCAGCUCUCCGACCCUCUCGUCAUCCUUUCCGGCAACUGGACCACCGCUGUGUCCUUCUGCCACUGGGUCGGCAUCUCCUGCAGCACCCGGCACAGGAACCGCGUCACUGCCGUGCAGCUGCAGCACCUUCCCCUCUAUGGCGUCGUCGCUCCCCAGCUCGGUAACCUCUCUUUCCUUACCGUACUCAACCUCACCAACACCAGCCUUACAGGAGCACUCCCAGACGAUCUGGGAAGGCUGCAUCGCCUCAAAGCCAUGGACUUCACGUUUAAUGGCCUAUCAGGAAGCAUCCCUCCCGCAAUAGGUAACCUUACCAGCCUGGAGGUCCUUGCCCUAAAGUUCAACCACCUAUCUGGUCCAAUUCCGGCAGAGCUGCACAACCUGCAUAGCCUUAACCACAUAAACCUCCAGAGAAAUUUCCUAACCGGAUCGAUCCCAGACAAUCUAUUCAACAACACACCCUUGUUAACCUACCUCAACUUUGGUAACAACAGCUUGUCAGGAUCGAUACCAUCUUGCAUUGGCUCCUUGCCAUCGCUCGAGUACCUAAAGCUGCAGGUGAAUCAUCUUGCCGGCGCAGUGCCUCCAGCCAUCUUCAACAUGUCCACUCUUCAGAUUCUAGCACUCACCUACAACCACGGAUUAACCGGUCCGAUUCUUGGAAACGCAAGUUUCAGUCUCCCGAUGCUGCAGGUGUUCUCCAUCGGGUUGAAUAGUUUUUCUGGACAGAUUCCGUCAGGGCUCGUGGCGUGCAGGUUCCUGGAAAGUGUUGACAUGACUGAAAAUCUGCUUGAGGGCAUUCUGCCAACAUGGCUGGGAAGUUUAGUACGUCUCACUUUCCUUUCACUGGGUGGCAAUAGCUUUGUUGGACCGAUUCCUGCUGAGCUUGGCAACCUGACUAUGCUGAGCAGCCUGGACCUCUCGGUCUGCAACCUGACGGGAUCCAUUCCUGUGGGGCUCGGACACAUGAGCCAGCUCUCGUUGCUGCUGCUCUCUGCCAAUCAGCUCAGUGGAUCCAUUCCGGCUUCUCUUGGAAACCUGUCUGAAUUCGGAUACAUGGCACUGGAUGGCAACCAAUUAGUUGGUACAAUACCGUCAGCACUCUGUGACAUGAACUCCCUGUUUUUGAUCAGUGUUUCAGAAAACAGGCUACAGGGGGAUUUCAGCUUCCUGUCAGCUCUUUCCAACUGCCGGCAACUUUCUUACCUUGACAUCUCGAUGAAUCGUUUCGUUGGGAGCCUCACUGAAAACCAUAUAGGGAAUUGGUCCAAUGAACUGCAGACAUUCCGUGCGAAUGGAAACAAGAUAGUUGGUGAACUUCCAGCUGCAAUCUCAAAUCUCACUGGUCUCAUUAGCCUAGAACUUUCAGAUACCCAGCUGCGCAGCGCAAUUCCAGAGUCUAUGGCUAUGCUGGAGGACCUCCAGUGGCUUGGUCUUCAAAGAAAUAGCAUGUUUGCCUCCAUCCCAUCAAAUCUUGCCAUGCUGAAGAAUAUGGUAAAACUAUAUCUUCAUAAUAACGAAUUCUCCGGCUCCAUUCCAAGGGACAUUGGUAACCUGACAGUGUUAGAAGACCUUAGGCUGUCUAAUAAUAGGAUAACCUGGACUAUACCACCAAGUUUAUUUCAUAUUGAUAGCCUUAUCUUCCUAGAUCUUUCUGAAAACCUCUUGGAAGGAGAAUUACCAGUUGAUAUAGGCUAUAUGAAGCAAAUUAAUGGCAUGGAUCUCUCUGCAAACCUCUUGGUCGGUAGUCUCCCAGAUUCGAUUGCACAGCUGCAAAUGAUGGCCUACUUGAACCUAUCGCACAAUUCAUUCCACGGUUCAAUCCCAAUGUCUUUCAUAAAUCUAACCAGUUUGCAAUUUCUGGACUUGUCAUAUAAUCAUCUUUCUGGUACAAUACCAAAUUAUCUGGCCAACUUUUCCAUCCUCGCUAGCUUGAACCUGUCUUACAAUGAGCUACAAGGACAGAUACCUGAAGGUGGUGUAUUCUCAAACAUCACCCUGCAAUCCUUGAUAGGGAAUGCAGGGCUUUGUGGUGCUCCACGUCUAGGGUUUUCACAAUGUCUACGUCCAAGAGGCUCUAGAAGAAACAAUGGUCACAUGCUGAAAGUUCUCGUACCUAUUACCAUCGUUGUAGUAACUGGAGUUGUAGCUUUCUGCAUAUAUGUAGUAAUCAGAAAGAGAAAUCAGAAGCAGCAAGGUAUGACAGUUUCUGCUGGUUCCGUUGACAUGAUCAGCCAUCAGUUGGUUUCCUACCAUGAGCUUGUUCGUGCCACCAAUAAUUUUAGUGAGAGCAACUUACUUGGAUCUGGGAGCUUUGGAAAAGUUUACAAGGGUCAACUAAGCAGUGGUUUGAUUGUUGCCAUAAAAGUUCUAGACAUGCAACAAGAGCAGGCCAUAAGAAGCUUCGAUGCCGAGUGCAGUGCACUACGCAUGGCACGACACCGCAACCUAAUCAGGAUACUCAAUACAUGCUCCAACUUGGACUUUCGGGCACUAGUUCUUCCCUACAUGGCGAAUGGAAGUUUAGAGACACUUCUGCACUGCUCUCAAGAGACAACACAUCAGCUGGGAUUCCUUGAGAGACUAGGCGUCAUGCUCGAUGUGGCAUUGGCAAUGGAGUAUCUGCACUAUGAGCACUGCAAUGUGGUCUUGCACUGUGAUUUGAAACCUAGCAAUGUAUUGUUCGAUCAGGACAUGACAGCACAUGUGGCUGACUUCGGCAUUGCAAGGUUGCUAGCAGGUGAUGACAGCUCUACCAUCUCUGUGAGCAUGCCUGGAACUAUUGGAUACAUUGCACCGGAGUAUGGGGCACAAGGAAAAGCAUCACGGGAAAGUGACGUGUACAGCUUUGGAGUUAUGCUCUUGGAAGUCUUCACUAGAAAGAGACCGACGGACGCUGUUUUUGCUGGAAAUCUAACCCUGAGGCAGUGGGUUUUUGAGGCGUUUCCGGCAGACCUUGUCCGUGUUGUUGAUGAUCAGCUACUACAUUGGUUGUCUAGCUUCAAUCUGGAAGCCUUUCUUGUGCCGGUAUUCGAGUUAGGUUUGCUGUGCUCCAGUGACUCACCUGACCAAAGGAUGGCAAUGCGUGAUGUGGUAAUGAGGCUGAAGAAGAUCCUAGCACAGUGCAACAAAUCGGUUGCAGCUGCGCUCAACACAGCAGCACAGUGAUCAUGCAUGAUCGAUCAACAUAGUAUAUCUAUGUUCCUGUUCUGCUUAUAAUCUAAACUGAGAAAAACAUCAGCUGUAGCAACAUCUACUUUGCCACCUAGUUUUCGCCUGUGCGCGAAACGACUUCUGGACAAUGUAAACUGAGGGUGAAUUAAUGUGCUGCUUCGAUUUGCUUAUAUUGAACUAAAUUCCUAAAAGCUAGCUUGCAACAAAAUGCAAGACGCCGAUUAACAAUGAUGCUCCCUAUGGAGAGUCGAUCCUA